UAAAAGAGCAUUUGCUAGCCGUCAACGGCCAAACCUAGGCAAAAUGUGGCAUGGUUCACUAAUUGAUUUUUAUUUUUUUAUCCUAUUAAGAUUUAUAAGUUGUUGUCAAUGUAACAAGAGCAUUGGACAUGGACGGAGUGACGGUGAAAUCCAUACAAUAAAUAAUUCAGACUUGUUUAUUGAGAAGAGGCAGUUAGAUUUUGAUGAGUUCAGUACACCAGAUGUUUUACUGGACAACUCUACUGACUCAUCAAUCUAUGAUACGACUACAACUGAACCAUUUACGGGGAAAAAUCAAGACUUCAAUGAUCCUACGGGAGAUUCCAGUGAAAAAACAAUGUAUGAUAGUACUGAUCUGACGGUUGACAUAAAUGAAUACACGACGACGCCGGUGUCAAAGGAAGAGACCACAGAAGUGCACCACAACAGGCUAAGUAGGAAAAUGAAGCAGACUGACAGUAUGUUAGCAAAGAAGUGUACGUUUUUCAAAAAAGGGAUUGCGUUCGACUUGAGAAAAAUGGCCGACGUCUGGCAAAUUGCGUACUACAGGUUGCCUAACAAGCUGAAGUGUUUCAAAUUAUAUAUAAAGUUCGUGAAUCGAAAGGAACAAGAACAUUAUGCCCAACUAUACGGUAACUUCAACGGCAGUGUGCAUUGGCAUAAGUGUAAUCUGGAAAUCAAAUCACAUAAUAACGAACACCCUGGAUCCCGAAGACACUUCUUACAAGGCAACGAAAAUGAAAAAGGGGUCAUGGACAACAUCAUAAUUGAUGAGGAGCAUUAUCAAAACACAUCUUACAUGACCCUCCGUCGAGAGAGUGGUGAUCAGUGGUUGGUGAUAAAGAAUCUCUUGGUGAUGAGAGACUGUGACACCAGUGAUAUCGCAGUGUUCACCAGGGUACCUCUGCAGCCGCGGAGACAUGAUAUCCUGGAUGCUUUGAUGGUGUUCGGGGAGAAUAAUCCGAAUGGAACCUUCGCUUGUGAGGAGAACAAGAGCAAACGUUGGAUGAAAUACGAAUAGCGAUGUUUCAGAUGAAAUCUUACCAAAAAUUUUCCAGUUCCAUGUUUCAAAAAUAUCGAUUACUUCAAUUUGAUGCGGGAUAUACACAUUCCUUCCAGAAACUUCUACCGUUAAAAUUUUAUGAUAUGUAAGGUUUGAAGGAGAUGGUACUAUGGUUAGAAAAUGUUAGCAAAAUUCAUUAUAAAUUGGUUAAAUUUGUUGAACUUAUUCUUAUGUUACAUUUAGAGAGUUAUUAGUUUUACUUUUAAAUAAACGUGUAAGUUUUAUUAGCGUUUUUUUUUAC